CCGUGCGGUUCCCGGCUUCUCGUUCGCGAUUCACACACGCGCGAAUCUUGGCGAACAGCCGCCAGCUACCGCUCGUCGACUCGCAGUUCGUCAUCGUCCUUCGUGCAGUAAGGGUAUACUUACCGCGAAUUUUUCAAAAUAUCGCUUACACAAAGUCAACGAAAAGCGUACCGCUUUAAUUUUGAACGUUGUCAUUGUCGUUUCACCGUCGACUGAAUGAAUGAGAAAAAAAAGAAUUUCUCUCGUGUUUCCUGAACAGUUAUACGUAUAAAAAAUCGUAAUUGAAUUUAAAGAAAAGUUUAUUCCGAUAUUCCGUUCGUUAUCGUUAUUUCGACAUAAAUGAAAUAGAAAUUCGUUAAAUGUCAAGUCUGCGGUACGCGAAACAAAUCUGAAAUAACGCGAUAUACUUUAUUCAUCUUUAAAUCGACUAAUUAAAUGGCCAAAAUAAAGGAGUGAAAAUUAAUGUUUUUUGAAAAUAAGUGAAUCAAAUGGAAUUUAUUGAAAUUACGAAGAAACGGAUCGAGAGAAUAGAUCGAACGGAACGAAGAAACGCCUAUAAAGAAUAAUACAUAAGAGAACCUAUGUCGUCAUGAGUGUGACUUGUGACGAACCACGUGGUGUCCAUACGUAUACCGAAAGCAUACUCUAUUUGAGAUCGUGGAAAAACCUGAAAAUUUUACCAUGGAAAGUUGAGUGUUUCUGUUGUAACAAGCACGUGUUUUCUUUUCAAAGAAACUGGUAAUAACAAUUGAAGCUAUACAGGCACAAUGCAGCAGCAAAGUUUCGAUCGACACGAUGCUUAUUUACCUGACAGAGCAAACACAUCUUGAUGCAUUAAUCAUAGAGAGGAUUUAUGCUGUUAUUCUAUAUCGUUUAAGGUGUUAACAGUAUCGUUAAGACGACAAACCAUACAGCGAGAGUUUUGUGCUGCACACAAGUGUCGAAAAAGUUGAAAUCAAAUAAAGUCAGAGGCCCGUGCGGCCUACUAAAAUGACCGCUCGUCUUCAUUCGUUGAGGCAUCAAGAGAAGAAAUUGGCCGGUAAUACUCAUAGACAGCAUAAUCAUCAGCAAUCUCAAAAUCCGCAAAGUGCGCAGCAGGGGGCCAGUCCGGCUGCCAGCCCUAGUCCUAGUCUUAGCCCGAGCCCUAAACACUCGGACGGCCGUCGAGCUAAUAAACCACUAAUGGAAAAGCGACGGCGAGCGAGGAUCAAUCAGUCGUUGGCGGCGCUAAAGGCGCUUAUACUUGACAGCGCCCGGCUAGAGAACACGAAGCAUAGCAAGCUUGAGAAAGCUGACAUUUUGGAAUUAACGGUUCGGCAUCUGCAAAGGCAACGAUCUCUUGCUCAACCUGGUUUAUCCAGAUACAAGGCCGGCUAUCAAGAUUGUUCUAGGGAGGUGAGUCGGUACCUUGAUGCUCCGGAUAUAAUCACAGGGAAUACGACACCGAUGGACCCAGCUGUGAAACAGAGGUUACUCAGACAUUUAGACAGUUGCGUGUCAGAAUUGGACUUGGACCUAGGUUCGAGGCCGGAUAGCGGAUUAGGCAGCAGUCCCGGAAGCGUGACGGAUCGAGUGACGGGUGCGGGUAGCCCCGGUCCGUUAGAGCACCACGUACCAUCGGUUUCGCGUUCUAGUACAGCACUAAAUCCGACUGGCUUGAUAAAAGCAGAAAUCCCGGAUAUCGAACCAGCCAGACCGGAUAGCAGUACUACCGCUGGCGAUGAAAACAACAAUAAUAGCAGCAGUGGUAGCAAUAGCAAUAAUGGGCCAAGUACCGCGUUUGGUCAGGUUAACAGCACCGGUAACCUUGACCCUCCUCCUCCUCAUCAUCAUCAUCAUCAUCAGCAUCAUCAGCAUCAUCAGCAUCAUCAUCAUCAUCAACCUCCAUCUGUUCCCACUCCGUCCGGCAUACCGGUUAUCGAUCAACCUUCUAGUUCUCAACAAAAUUCAAACAUGCUAUCGGUGGUACAAGUGAUUCCCUCUAGAUUACCAGACGGUCAAGUCGUUUUCCUUCUUCCUAGUCAUUAUGUUCAAUUGGCAGCCGCUGCCGCUGCGAACGGUAUCAACAUCGGACCGAAUCCACCGACGACGGUAUGGGCUGCCACUAACAUGUCUUUUCUAAAGGCAACGGACAAGCUCGCGAAACGACACCACGAAGAUAUGCAAGAAUGGCAAGACGCGGUCUCGUCCGUGGCCGUAAAUGGUACCGUUGCGAAUGUCGCGAAUGUCGCGAAUGUCGCGACUGCCGUCACCGCCGGUAUUGCCGUUGCUGCUACCGCUACCGUUAUUGCUACCGCUGCCGCUGCCGCUGCAGCUACCGCUACCGCUACCGCUACCACGUCCGUCAACGCUUCCGUUUCCGCUUCCAUUUCCGCUUCCGCCCCCGUUUCCACCUUCGUCACCGACAAUCUUCUGUCUGCUUCGAAAUCCAAUAACGCUGUUCCGAAAGUCGAGCAAACGGAACAACCUCUUGAUUUCACAACUACCUCGAAAAAGCUGAAAAGCGGCACCAAGAGUACGCUGCCGUCCGUUCUUCAACACCAUCUUCACCACCACCAUCACCAUCAUCAUCAUCAUCAACAACAGCAACAACAGCAACAACAGCAACAAUUCACGACGAUGACAACGACCACCACGACCGCUCGGUUAUCUAUCGAAGGAUCCCUCGAGCCGGAAGAAAGAUCCUUUCAUCGCGCCAACAACGAAUUCGUAACAGGAAUUCGUUCGCCGUCCCCUCAUCCACAGCAACAACCCAUCAAGGACGAAGAAGGAAUGUGGAGACCUUGGUAAAGUUUAAACACCAUCAUCGACAGAUACACAGAACAAUCGCGUACCUACUUUAUACGCGAGUGUUUACGUGAAACGGUGCAAAUGUGCAUGUGUUUCAUUGUUAAAUACAAUUCGAUGUAAUGCGUGAAAAAAAUUGUACAAAAAACAAGUGUAAGCGUCGAGUACGACGUAGCCUUGCGUCACGACCACGACCACGACCACGACCACGACCACGACCACGACCACGACCACGACGAUCAAUAUUUACCACUCCCAAGUAAAUGGAACAAUUCUUGUUCUUUUCCUAGCCGAUCCCUCUCCAAAAACAUUUAAACCAAAGUAAAACGAAAAACAAUGAAAAAAGAUGAUGAGAAAAAGUUGAGAACAGCAAGUGUGCUGCACAAUAGACGUAAGAAAACCAACCAAGGAUGGAAAUACAAUGUGAUACGCGGCAAAAAAACGCGGUUCUAAAUAAUUACGUACAUGAUCGGUAUUGGGGUGUGGAUCAGUUCCCUAUAUUUGCGGCAUACAACGGUACAGAUUGUUGCGAGGUGAUUCUCUAUUCGAUGCUAUCGUUCGUUCGAUUCUUCGUGUGGAAAAAGUGCAUCAACGAGAAAAGUGUUACGAAAGAAAAGUAAAGAUUAUCGAAUGAUAUUGCCGAUUAUCCAAAAUCUGUUAGAGAUUGAAAAAAACGUUAUCUGUUUGAAAUGUUAAAAAAUAACGAUGUACGUAUAUGUAUAUGACAAAGAUCUAGCACGUGUAGAAUGCGAGCAAAGAGAAAGUUUCGCGCAUAGUACUUUUAUUCCGCCAACGUGUAUAUAGUCCCGAUUGGAAAUAAUGCCGGAAAUAGAUUUAUUUUGAUGUUAACUAGGUGUAUAUACAUACGAGAUGGAUGUAGAAAGACAGAGGGGAGAGAAUCUAAGUGCGCUGCGUACGUUGUCGAUGCAAAUGCAUCAGUAGGACAUUUUUUUUUUCCUUUUCGUAAGCAUAACAGUUCACGUUUUAGCUGAACCGUGAUUUCUAUGCAAUUUACUUUUGCAGUUACAAUGAUGAGGCGCGAAUUCAUAACUUGAUGUACUUACGAUUAGAUAUAUCGAUCAAUAUAAAAACGCGCGCGGGUGUGUAUCUCGGUAUACAAAAACAUUGACAAAUUACUUCAUUUUUCCUUUUCAUCGAUCUCGCUUUUCAUUCCGUCGAAUACAUACCCAUCAAAAUGCGAGCCCAAUGUACUGGAACAAUGAUAAUAAUUGUAUCAAGUAAUAGCA